GCAGAAAGAAGUUAUCACCUUUCCAUCACUUUCUGAAUUCAAACUUGAAAUAUAAAGAAUUUUGCAAGUGACUCCCGAUGUCCUUCUCACUGAAUCCGCUUCAGACCGAUGGAUCCAGAACGAGAGCUACGCCCCAGGCUGCAGCACAAGGUCAUGUUCAAAUGGGGGCUUUCAGGACUCAAGUGGAAGACUAUCCUGCAGGAAUUCCACGCUUUGCAAGUCUAAUAGGAUCCCAUCCCGCCUUCAACGUCUGCCGCAGAUUCUCCACCGUUCGUGCCAGAUUACUGUUGCUAAAACAAGAUAAAGUGACUCGCCUUGAGAAGAGCCUGAUGGAUACAGACGCGAACGAAACAAGGCUUCUCUUUCUUGGUUCCAGCCGCCGCGAUACGAAUUCGACAAGGCUAGGUAUUUUGACCGAAUUGGACGCCGCUUUGAAAGACCUUGAUAAUUUCGUGAUGAGAAACUUUCAAGUUGGGGAGAUGCCAUCUGCCCCAGCACAUAUUGUGACGAGUCUGCGUAACUGGGUCGAGGGCAAUGGUAGUAUUGCUCAUGAAGAAACCGAGUUUCUUGAUUAUGGCCACGACCUUUUCACUACAGUGAAAUACGCUGAUGGAGCAACAUCCCUUCUAAAACCUUGGAUCCAUGGUAUUGUCGUGCGCUUCUCUGAUCUAUUCGGAAAACCCGCUCGAACUGGCAUCUCUCGUGAUGAACACGUCUAUAUAUUUUCAGAAUCCAUGUUGCACUUGGCCACACGUACCUUGAUCGCUUUGAUUCUGGUCGCCAUCCUCCCGGUGCCGAUUUUUAUCAUGCACACUAUCUCGAGCAACCUACUUCGUGUGUUGUGUACUUUCCUUGCCAUGCUUUUCCUGCUCGCUGGUAUCUCGUGCUUGAGCGAUGCCAGAACUGCUGAGAUCUUUAUUGCUGCUGCGACUUAUGCAACCGUUCUCGUGGUGUUUUUGAGUGGCGGGGCACCAAUAGCGUGACUUGGUUAAUUGAUAUUUUGCCCUAGACAG